AUGGCUGAGCUUGGCCUCCUCUCCUUGACCCAGCUCCAAGCGCAAAAUUCUCAAUCAAACCCUAGAUCAGUCUGGAUGUGGAACCCUAAGCAGGCGCAUGACCAAGAAGACGACUCAUGGGAAGUGAGGGCAUUUGCGGAGGACACCGGAAACGUGAUGGGCACCACGUGGCCGCCGAGGUCUUACACCUGCACAUUUUGCCGGAGGGAAUUCCGGUCUGCUCAGGCCCUCGGUGGCCACAUGAACGUACACCGCCGCGACCGGGCACGCCUCCACCAAGUGCAGCACCCUAGCUCAAUCUCAAUCAACCCUUCUGCCGUCUCCUCUUCCAAUUCUUCAUUCGUAAUCCCAACUCAAGAGUUCCUCGCCGCCAAUGGCGGAUUGUGCCUUCUUUACCAAUUGCCUCACCCUAAUAAUGGAGCAUUCACUAAUAGUAAUGCUACUGCUCCCAUUACACCUUUUCUUAAUAACACUACUGUUGAGUCUUCUUCUUCUUCAGUACCUUCCACUCUUCUCUCCAUCUCCCCUAAUCCACUCCAUGACUACUUAAUGACGUCAUCGUCUAGUCUUGUGGGACCUCAUGGAGUUUCCAAUUCCAUAAAAAAUUCUCAUUGUCAAUACGCAAAAAGAUCGGCGGAGGAAGAUCAACCUUUGAAGUCUGGGGUUGAAGAUAGUGAAGAGCUUGAUUUAGAGCUCCGGCUCGGUCCAUCUUGA